UCAACUCACAAGUACAUAAAAGUCGGAAUCACGGCGCCAUCAACCUCCGAAGUCCAGAAACCCCGGCCGCCGGCCGGAGCCCGGCUCGAGCCCGGCACCCAAGGCUGGUGGCCCGAGCUCUACUUGCCAAGGUGUGGAUAUCUCUUACGGACGAACAGGGGUCCACCGUAACAGCAACGUAAGCACCUUGGAGAAGUGCUGGACAGCUGGCGGGACACGGCCGAUUAGUAUCGAGAGGCCACGGUGAUGCUUGUCGGUACACUCUGUGAGGGCCAGUUUCUCGUGUAAUUGACUGCAGCACCAGCUAGGUCCCUUUCCCAAGUUUAGUCCAUCACAUCUUCAAUUGGACUAUUGGACGGUUCAUGAACGCGUCCCGCCCCUUUCCUUCAAGAUGAAGACAUCGGCCGUCUUCUCUGCCGUCCUUUCGUUGCUUUCCCUAGCUUCAAGAGGUUCGGCGCAUGGACACCAUCACCACCACAAGCACAGCGAUAGCGGCACCUCGAGCGCCUCCGCCCCGGCAACAUUUACGCCGCCCCAAGUCUUCAAGAAUGUCAAUCUCGUCCACAUCGUGUCACUGGAGAAGAACUACGUCAAGGAAUCCAUCAAUGUCGUAAUAGAAAACAUCGACAAGGAGGCGCAGUCCGAUUACAUUCUGCCUUUUGCAAACGAGCAGUUGUCGCGUCUGGGUGGUUUGGAGGUUAGAGAUCGCAAGAAUGCCGAAUCCGGUCCAUUCGUUGUUGAGCCGGUAGAAUUCGAGUCGUUCGGUCCCAACCAGUACGUUCGGAUCGGAUUGCCCACACCUCUCGCGCCCGGCGCGCAGCAGACAUUGGGCAUCACCUACUACCUUCUGGACGCCUACAAGCCUCUUCCCGCCUCGAUCAAGCAGGAGGAGCAACAGUUUCUCUCGUACUCCUUCUCGGCCUACUGCCCCUCGGUAUACACUACAUCCAAGCAGAAGACCGAAGUCAAAUUCGCAUCGACCAACAUCCCCGACUACACCAAGCUUCCCGGCAGUGGAGACGUCAAGGAGUUCCCCCAGAAACAAGGAUCCAAGCUCGUUUAUGGUCCCUUUGAUGAGAAGCCGGCCGGUGCGCUUGAGCCUGUUCAGGUUCGCUUUGAGUUCAACAAGCCCGUGAUUCACAUUUCUCGUCUCGAGCGCGACAUUGAGGUCAGUCACUGGGGCGGAAAUGUGGCGUUUGAGGAGCGCUACGAUCUCGAGCACCGGGGUGCCAACCUCUCGUCCCUCUUCAACCGGGUUAAGUGGCAGCAGUCACAAUACUAUAACCCUGCCACUCAUGCGCUCAAGGAGAUGAAAUUCCCUUUGCGCGUUGGCAGCGCCGACCCCUACUACACCGAUGUUAUUGGCAACGUUUCCACGUCCCGCUUCCGUAGCAACAAGAGGGAGGCCUUGCUUGAAAUCAAGCCUAGAUACCCCUUGUUUGGAGGCUGGAAGUACCCGUUCACCAUUGGCUGGAACUCGGAUGCGAAGAAUUUCCUGCGCAAUACGGCGACCGGAGGCUUCGUUCUUAAUGUUCCUUUCCUUGAGGGUCCCAAGCAGCCCGAGGGUGUCGAGUAUGAGCAGGUUGUGGUCCGUCUGAUCCUGCCUGAGGGAGCCGAAAACGUAAAAUGGACCACCGCAAUUCCCAAGUCCUCGAUCUCCGAAGCGGGUGUGCAGAUUCACAAGACCUAUUUGGAUACCAUCGGCCGCACAGCUCUCGUCAUCAAGGGGCGCAACUUGGUCGAUGACUUCAGAGACCGUGAUCUCACCGUUACCUAUGACUAUCCCAUGUCCGCUGUUCUGCGCAAGCCUCUGGUUGUGUUUAGCAGCUCGAUGGCUGUCUUCGUCAGCCUUUGGCUUCUCAGUCUUAUCAAUCUCAAGUUCACAACCAGGAAAUAAUUUAGGAGCAGGCGGAGUGGUUUGUUAGGCAUAUGGGUUGAGUGAAAUUUCCUAUAUAAGUGUAUCAUCGUCAUACUUCCAGCGGCCAGAUAUCUUGAAAGAGCAAGAGAAAAGAUAUUCCAUGCGAGAAGAGGAAUUUUCUGGCUGUGAUAAUUGACUGUGCAACUUGUUGAACUCAACCGUUCGGCGGUUGAGAAAGGCUUCCGCCUUUUGAGGUGAAUAGAGAAGCCGGAUGCUCGGUACGGAAAGCAGCCGUUUGCACAAGACAACGCCUAGCCUAGAAACUCAGGCCCCCGAGAUCAACAUGUAUCUUAAUUCGAGCAACGAAGCAGUGUUUUGAAAGAACAUGUAAGUAUGGUCCUCUCCAAAGUAUCUUACUUACAAUAUUGGGCA